UGUCUUUCUCCCAACGAAGGCAGCUCUAUACUCUUUCCUCUGUUCUGCGUCUGACCGAUAACAAUGGAGCGCGGGAAAAACCUUCUUCAGUGACCAGCCAUAAAUCAAAACCACCAUUUCCCACUGCAUAACAAACUUACCAGAGUCGGAGGCUCUGUGUAGUUCACCGAGAUAACCACCAGAGUUACCUUAACAUAAACACCACCUCUCCAUGGCCCUUUCUCCUGCUCUGCCUAAUACCUUUUCUACUACCAAGCGGUUUCAUCAGCGACCCGCCUUCCUCCCGACCAACCCCAUUUCGAAUUUCUCUUCUUAUUGUUCGUCUUCUUCUUCUUGGUCGCUGCGAUAUCGUUAUUCUCCGAAGCCCACUGUCGCCUCACUCAAGGAGAAUUUGGGGCGAUUAAAGAAGAACUGGAGCGACUUCACUAGCUUAAACUACUGGGUGGUGCGGGAUUACUACCAUCUUGUAAGCGCCGUUAAUGCUUUGGAGCCCCAAAUUCAGAGAUUGUCUGAUGAACAGCUGACUGCGAAGACCGAGGAAUUUCGACGACGUUUGAGACAAGGGGAAACACUUGCAGAUAUUCAAGCUGAGGCAUUUGCUGUUGUGCGCGAAGCAGCAAGAAGGAAGCUUGGGAUGCGUCAUUUUGAUGUCCAGAUUGUCGGCGGAGCAGUUCUUCAUGACGGGUCUAUUGCGGAGAUGAAGACUGGUGAAGGAAAAACUCUAGUCUCUACUUUAGCAGCUUAUCUAAAUGCCCUGACGGGUGAAGGCGUCCAUGUGGUAACUGUUAAUGAUUACUUAGCUCAACGUGAUGCUGAGUGGAUGGGUCGGGUUCAUCGCUUUUUAGGUCUGUCAGUGGGCCUUAUUCAGAGGGGAAUGAAAUCUGAAGAAAGGAGAUCCAACUACAACUGUGAUAUAACAUAUACUAAUAACUCUGAACUUGGUUUUGACUACCUCCGUGACAAUCUUGCUGGAAACAAUGGACAACUUGUUAUGAGAUGGCCAAAGCCAUUUCAUUUUGCAAUAGUUGAUGAAGUUGAUUCAGUCCUUAUUGACGAAGGAAGGAAUCCCUUGUUAAUAAGCGGAGAGGCUAGUAAAGAUGCUGCACGAUAUCCAGUUGCAGCUAAAGUGGCUGAUCUGCUUAUACAAGGCCUUCAUUAUAAUGUGGAACUUAAGGAUAACUCUGUGGAGUUAACUGAGGAAGGGAUUGCCCUUGCUGAGAUGGCACUUGAAACGAAUGACCUAUGGGAUGAAAACGAUCCAUGGGCAAGAUUUGUGAUGAACGCCUUGAAGGCCAAGGAGUUCUAUCGGCAGGAUGUCCAAUAUAUUGUUAGAAAUGGGAAGGCACUCAUAAUCAACGAGCUGACAGGGAGAGUUGAAGAAAAAAGGAGAUGGUCCGAGGGUAUCCACCAGGCAGUAGAGGCUAAAGAGGGUCUGAAGAUUCAGGCUGAUUCAGUUGUUGUGGCACAAAUAACAUAUCAAUCAUUAUUUAAACUAUAUCCAAAGCUUUCAGGAAUGACUGGAACUGCAAAGACAGAAGAGAAAGAAUUUUUGAAAAUGUUCCAGAUGCCAGUUAUUGAAGUUCCCACAAAUCUACCAAAUAUUAGGAAAGAUUUACCUAUUCAAGCUUUUGCGACUGCUCGUGGCAAAUGGGAAAAUGUUCGAGAGGAAGUUGAAUACAUGUUUCGACAGGGUCGUCCUGUUUUAGUUGGGACCACAAGUGUGGAGAAUUCUGAGUAUUUGUCUGAUUUGCUGAAGGAACGGAAAAUUCCUCAUAAUGUCCUUAAUGCACGGCCAAAGUAUGCUGCAAGAGAGGCUGAAAUUGUUGCCCAAGCUGGUCGAAAAUAUGCCAUUACCAUUUCCACUAAUAUGGCAGGCAGAGGCACUGACAUAAUCCUGGGUGGAAACCCAAAAAUGCUUGCGAAGGAAGUAAUAGAGGAUAGUUUACUGUCAUUUCUGACACAAGAGGCUCCAAAUGUUGAAAUUGAUGGUGAUCCAAUUUCACAGAAGAGUUUAUCAAAAAUUAAGAUUGGACCAUCAUCAUUAGCUUUGCUAGCUAAGACAGCUCUUUUGGCGAAGUAUGUAUCCAAAAGUGAAGGAAAGGGCUGGACAUACGAGGAGGCAAAGACUAUGAUAUCAGAGUCCAUAGAGAUGAGUCAAUCAAUGAGUAUGCAAGAUCUAGAAAAUCUUUUGGCUGAACAGUCUGAUAUGUAUCCUCUUGGUCCUACCAUAGCAUAUGCUUAUCUGUUGGUGUUGAAGGAUUGUGAAGCACACUGUUACAAUGAAGGUUCUGAAGUUAAAAGGUUAGGGGGGCUUCACGUUAUUGGGACAUCUUUGCAUGAGUCACGGAGAAUAGAUAACCAGCUUCGUGGGAGAGCAGGUAGACAAGGUGAUCCAGGAUCAACAAGGUUCAUGGUCAGCUUACAGGAUGAGAUGUUUCAAAAGUUCAAUUUUGACACUGAGUGGGCUGUGAGACUCAUAUCGAAAAUUACAAAUGAUGAGGAUAUACCAAUUGAAGGCAAUGCCAUUGUAAAACAGCUGUUGGCUUUGCAAAUAAAUGCGGAAAAGUACUUCUUCGGCAUAAGAAAAAGCCUGGUUGAGUUUGAUGAAGUAUUAGAGGUUCAAAGGAAGCAUGUCUAUGACCUUAGGCAACUGAUUUUGACAGAUGAUUCUGAAAGCUGUUCUCACCACAUUUUCCAAUACAUGCAAGCAGUUGUGGAUGAGAUUGUCUUUGGAAAUGUUGAUACACUGAAGCAUCCAAGCAGCUGGAAUUUGGGUAAGCUCUUGCACGAGUUUAUUGGACUUGCAGGGAAGAUAUUGAAUGACUCAUUUGCAGGCUUGACUAAGGAAGCUUUACUAGAUUCACUUGAAAAGCAACAUGAAUUAAGCUCUAUAGAGAUUGAUAGCUUUUCCCUCCCAAAUAUGCCAAUGCCUCCGAAUGCCUUUAGGGGAAUCCGCAGGAAAAGUUCUUCUUUAAAACGUUGGCUUGCCAUAUUCACUGAUGAUUCAAUGAAGAAUGGCAGAUACAAAGGAAUUACUAAUCUUCUCCGCAAAUACCUUGGAGACUUUUUGAUUGCUUCUUAUUUGGAUGUUGUACAAGAAUCUGGUUAUGAUGAUGCCUACAUUAAAGAAAUCGAGAGAGCAGUUCUUUUGAAGACUCUCGAUUGUUUCUGGAGAGAUCAUCUGGUAAACAUGAACAGGCUCAGUUCAGCGGUGAAUGUGAGGAGUUUUGGGCAUAGGAAUCCACUUGAGGAAUAUAAGAUCGAUGGAUGUAGAUUCUUCAUCUCAAUGCUAAGUGCAACUCGAAGGUUGACAGUGGAAUCACUAUUUCGGUAUUGGUCCUCACCAAUGGAAUCUGAAGAGCUGUUUUUAUCAUAGAAAUAUCAAACAUGAUAUUUCUCAUUUUUGUGUUGUAUAUUUCAUUUAUUUAUUUAUUUGUUUUUUUCUUUUUGCUGCUUUUGAUACUCCAACUAGGAAUGCCAAUAAAAUCCUUAUUUGACUUCUUGAGCACCAAAAUGGAGGCUUUUCAAUUUAGGCCUUCUGGUGUUCUCUCUCUCUCUCUUCUGUGUGUGGUAUUGGCAUUGGCAGAUAACUAUUUUUUGAGCUA